AUGGAUUAUGAUGUUGGCGCUAACGAAUUGCUAAGCUUAGCUGUAGAACGCGAUGCAGAAGGGUAUCUUGCGGACGAGAAAAUCGCGGAUGUUGCGGCCCACCGGAAAGCGGAAGAUGCACAGGUCGAGCAGGAUGAUGGCGACGAUGAUGGCAACGAUGACGGCGGCGAUGGCGGAAUACCGCACCCUGUGGAACGGCCGGAUGCGGAAGUAGAUCAUGACGCAGACGACGACGAUGAUGAGGGCGACGGCGGCGACGAUGUAAGGGACGAGGGGAGUAGUCACCUCACUGCUCAUGAUUUGGAUUACGAUGUUUGCACCAAUAAAUUGCUCAGUUCAGCUGUAGAACGCGAUGCAGAAGGGUAUCUUGCGGACGAGGAAAUCGCGGAUGUUGCGGCCCACCGGGAAGCGGAAGAUGCACAGGUCGAGCAGGAUGAUGGCGACGAUGAUGGCAACGAUGACGGCGGCGAUUACGGAGUAGGGAGGGAGUGGUCACCUCACUGCCCAUUUGUCAGUUGGGUGAUCAGUGAGAUUUGGAUUAACAAUUUCAGUGCCAAUAAAUUGCUGAGAUCAGCUGUAGAACGCGAUGCAGAAGGGUAUCUUGCGGACGAGGAAAUCGCGGAUGUUGCGGCCCACCGGGAAGCGGAAGAUGCACAGGUCGAGCAGGAUGAUGGCGACGAUGAUGGCAACGAUGACAGCGGCGAUGGCUUGGGGGGAAGGGGGAGAAAUGGAAGGACCUGGGGAAUCGGGUUCUUUUUUGAGAGCUCCGGGAGGGGACGGGUCCUCUGCACUGGCGACAUGAGGCUGAACAACGGGGGAGGCAACGGGAGGCGGGGGAGGAAGGGGCUUGCAGGCGUCAGGCUUCUGUGA